AUGUUAUGUUUUACAUCUGAAGAAGGUCAUUUGUAUGAGCGAAAAGGGUGGGGUUCUGUUCCUCUAUUUGAUUGCACAGAUCGACAUUAUGAUGAUUCUGCAAAGUCACUUCAAUUUAUCAUGAAAUGGAUAAACGAAAUAUCAAAGUCUGCUGACAGAGAUAUACAAUGCCUUCUUCUUCAUGAAAUUUUUAAAGGAGCAAUGGUGUUUUUUGAAAAAUUAAAAUGUAUCAAAAAGUUAAAAAAUGAUGAAGUUAGUAAUGAAGAAUUCGAUAGUAAUACAACUAAGAAAAGUAAAGACCCUAAAGAUAUGAAUUCAUAUCAAGAUAAAUCUACAAAAGAAAAGAUCGAAGUUCGUGCAAAUAAGGAGAAAUUAGUAAUGCCUAAUUCUUUGGAGGAAUAUCAAAAUG